AUGUUGACAAUACUCUCUGUAAAUAAAUUAAUAUUAUUAGUUGUUGAUUUUCAUUCAUCGAGUUCAAAAGCAAUGAAAUAUUUCUUAAUUUUGAUUUUUGCAUUUAAAGUUUUAUCAUUUCCAACUCCGAAUGAACAAAUAAUUUUUCCUGAUCAAUUCAAGGAAUUCAAGCAAAUGUUAUUGGAUGAUUUUAAAGCUAAUCAGAUGAGUUUAGUGAAUGAUUCUAAUAUCCUCAUGUCUGAUAACAUGACAAUAGAGUUUUUAAUUGAUUCAGACGGAUUCAAAAACUUUGAAGAUGGUGAAUAUUUUCAAGGUGACAUGGUGAUGCUGGAUGAGCAGUUGAAUAUUUUAAAUGAUUCCACUGAUAUGACAUACCGAACUGGAAUAAUUGGUGAAAAAUAUCGAUGGCCAAAAAAUUCCGAUGGAAAAGUUAUUGUUCCUUACGAAAUUUCAGAUCAUUUUGGUUGGAAAGACAAAGCUCGAAUCAAACUAGCGAUGUAUGGCAUUGAAAAGUUCACAUGCAUUGAAUUCCAGACACGUACUGAUCAAAGUGACUACAUUAAUAUUAUAUCAGGUUAUGGAUGUCAUUCACAUGUUGGGAAAAUUAACGGAGCCCAAAGACUUAGUCUUCGCAUUGGUGGAUGUUUAGCUCGAGGAACCAUCAUUCACGAAUUGAUGCAUGCACUCGGAUUCGAUCACAUGCACAAUCAUGUUGAUAGAGAUGAAUUUGUAGAAAUUCAAUGGGAUAAUGUCAAACAUGGAGCUGAACAAAAUUUUAAAAAAGUAGAUUCACGUUUGUUUGGGAACUUUGGAACAUCUUAUGACUACUAUUCAGUUAUGCAUUAUGGCUUGAAAUAUUUCUCAAAAAAUAAAAGACCAACUAUGGUGCCGAAAGAUUCAUCAAAAAAGAAAAUUAUCGGAAAUAGAGUUGCACUGAGUGUAGGAGAUGCAGAGAGACUUAAUGCGAUGUAUAAAUGUAAUGGACCUCCCAAUACUUCAUACAGUUUAAGAUUUUUUAGUUGGAUUUUAACUUAA